AGGGCUCUGUUAUACAGCUGCGGCAAGCAACAUAGCUCUUUACAUGCCAAUUAAAUCAAAUCACCUUAAUACCAGACUAGUAUUAGCUGAGCAUUAGCUUAAAUGCAUUCCUCUGAGAGAUCACAUUCCACCCACACUCUACAAAGAGAAGGCACAGCUACUACAGACCUCUUUGCCAAGCAGUCCUACUUUUUCACCCGCAACUGUAUGUUCGGAAGUUCCUUGAGUGCUUCGCACCUGCACAGCUACGGCUCCGCAGUUCGCCCCAAGACGUCGCCGGCUGUGGGUGUUGCUCGGUCGGAGCUCGGAAAACUUCAUCGAACAGUGAGCCAAAACAGGGACAGCUGUCCAGCUAUCAUUAGAUCGGAAUAGAGAAUUACGAAUGUUUACUUAAUUGACCCGUAAGACAGCGUGUGAUUUCGCCGGUAACUAAAACUCGAAGCACCGUAACCGGUUCGCGUGUGCUCAUGUAUUAACACCCACUUUCAAGGGAAUUCCCCAUAGCCCGAAGUCUCUACCAGUGACAGUGCGUUAAAAAACAUUAAGAAAGAGAUACGUUAAAUACGUUAUGGAAAUGAGGACCUGUUGAUUUCUUGAGAAACGUUUAUGUGGUUACCCACCUUGAGCCACAAACUCUUCCCAGAUCUUCGCGAUUUGCAUAAGUAAACUUGAUAAAGACACACAGCCCGUAACACGAGUCGAAUUUAAAACCGAAACCAUGUUUCGUUAAAGCCUUUUGCAAGUCCGCAAAAAAACCCGUAAACCCCGAAAGACUCUCACACAGGUUCGGCUGUUUUUGUUUACCCAUUUUGCCCAUUUACCCGGUCAGUGUUUUCAGUGUUAACUGAUAUUCCCAACAGCAACAACCACAACAACAAGAGCGACGGGAAGCACUCCGUUUUGUCUAGCAAACAACUUCAAGUUCCCACAUCAUUCGCCACUCGAACUGGAGCCGCCAUCAUGCCGAAGAAGAUUCAGCACCGAGGCGGACCCCUCUACUGCGGAGUCACCCUGCUGGGGGUUCUGUGCCUAGUCGUAUUCCGACUGAUUCCGGGGAUCCCCUUCGGAGCUUACGUCAUGGCCGAGAGGGACCGCUACCACACCAUAGAUGAUCCGAAUGUUCCCUGCAACUUCUACGACACGGUCAACCUAACGGGCCACACGGUCUUCAAGAACGGAAGCUAUGACUACUACGGCACCAUAGUGCCAGCGAACUUGGUCGGAAGGUACGACUACAUCCACAAGUCGCUAACGGAACGCGUGGAGGUGCCGGAGCACGUCAGAGGCUGUGUCUGCAAGUUGAAGGCGUGUCUCAACAUCUGCUGCCCCUGGCGACAUAUCUUCGACACCGAGUUAGAUGGAUGUGUGAUAGACCAGAAGGACAACCACACAUGGCCCGAUCCGCCCAUGCUCAAUGUCACCUUCCGUAACGAAUCCACGCUGCUGGUCCACAUGUUCCAGCAGUUUGCGAUCCAAAGCUUCCGGCCCUGCCCGAAGAUGUUCUCCCUGCAGCCAGAGGUUAACAUCUUUGACAACUAUCUGAUCUACGAAAACGGCUCCAUGUUCCGCGCAGACGAUAACCAGCUCAUCAGGAAGAACGAGUUCUGCAUGAUUCCGACCUAUGUUAACGAAUCGGACCUCUACUACACCAUUCAUCCGGCCAACUGUCAAAUGCAGGACGAGCACAGCACUGUGAAGAUCAUCAAUGCCUAUGCCAUGCUCUUCUCCAUUCCCUUCAUGAUGCUGACCAUAGCUGUUUACCUGUUGAUCCCCGAACUCCGCAACCAGCACGGCAAGAGCCUGGUCUGCUAUUUGGUGGGCCUCACCGUCGGCUACACCUCGCUGUGCUACAUGCAACUGUUCAACAUCGAUGCCAUUGGCGUUGGUUGCAAGACGUUCGGCUACACGGCCUACUUCUUCUUCAUGGCGGCCUACCUCUGGCUAAGUGUCAUCAGUUUCGAUUUGUGGCACAACUUCCGAGGAACGCGGGGCAUCAACAGGUUCGAGGAGAAGAAGCGCUUCCUGUUCUACUCUCUGUACUCUUGGGGCAUUGCCGUCAUUUUCCUGGCAUUCACCUUCUACGCCCAGGAGUUCACCGAUUGGCCCUCAAACCUAAAGCCGGGCAUCGGGGAUGGCACCUACUGCUGGCUGGACAUGACCAACUGGGCGGCCAUGUUGUACUUCUACGGCCCCAUCUUGGCCAUCGUCGUGGCCAACACUGUGAUGUUUAUCAUGACGGCGGUCAAGAUCCACGGCGUGCAGCGGGAGAUGGCCAGGAUAAUUGCGAGCGAGAAUAGCACCAAGAACCUGCGGACCGAAAAGGACAAAAGAAACCGUCGUGUCUUGUCCUCCCUCAGGUUCGGCUUGUUCCUGCGCCUCUUCCUGAUCAUGGGCGUCACCUGGCUGUCGGAGCUCCUCUCGUACUUCGUGGGCAACGAGAAGGAAUGGUCGAAGCUCUUCUACAUCUCGGAUCUGGCCAAUGCCAUGCAGGGCUUCCUCAUCUUCAUGCUGUUCGUGAUGAAGAAGAAGGUCAAGCAUUUGAUCACAAACAGAACGAUACGGGUGCGCAGUCUGCGGCAGACUGAGAGCAUGACGAUGGGGCCGACAUCGAUAUCCAUGCGUCAGCGCUUCAUGGACGCCUCCAACCAGAUACGUAAGCUGGUGGUAAUCCGCAACGCGUUCGCCAAUGGCUCCACCAGCGGUGUCCACUCACACGAUGUCUGAACUGAGAGCAAUGCUCGAGUGUGCGCGAUGGCAGUAAUCAACGGCAGAGCCAGUACUCCACCAAGACCAC